AUGGAAGAAGGUCUACUCGAAGGGAAGCCAAGAAGUCCCCCCUAUAACGCUGAGUACUAUGAAAAUUUAAUCAAACGGGAAAGAAAUGACAGCCUCACUGGAAGUUGCCACCAACCGAACGAAGCAAGUGGCAAUGAUGGCGCAAUGAAGAGACAUCCCCACAAGAGAGAAGAAAACAAAUCGACGAAAAAUGAAAAAAAUAAAUGUAUCAUAUUUUCUACCCUGCUAAGAUAUAAAAAAUAUUUAACGAAAAAAGGGAACACUUAUUUCGACUUCAACCAAACAAAUUUAAUGAUGAACGAGAAGGAACUUUUACUCCAGAGCAGCAACUACUUUCACCUCUUUGACAUAAGUUCUCUCUUCUACCCCCAUGUGUACGUUAAUGUCCAUUCGCACAUGAGUGUCAACAUAUCAGAUUAUUUGAAUUACGUGAAGAGGGUAUCCCCAGAGGAGAUCGAAGGGAGGGGCUCCUCAGGGAAGGACCCCCCAGUGAAGCAAUCCUCAGUGGAGGCGACCCCAAUUUUGCAGUACGCCACCCGGCAGGAGUUCAUUAUGGAAGCCAUCCAAAAAGUGGAGCACAUAGAAGUGUUCAAAAAAGUGCAGCUCGUGAAGAAGCUACUCCUAACGGUGAACAGGGAGGUAGCCCAGAAGGUCGAGACCUACGUGGACAACAUCCUGGAAGUGAACCCAAACGACUACAUCUUCGUGCAGACCAACCGAAAGAAUGAUCUCCUCUUUGGCUACGUGAAAAGUAGCAAGUUUAAUUUAAUCUUCGAAAUUUUCAAUUUUAACAAAUUUUUUAAAAAAUGCCACGAGGAUAAUGUAGACAUAACUGUACACGAGGUGAAGGAUAAAGGAUCCGAUGAGCAAAGUUUUGUUGAGCGGCUCGGCACCGAAGGAGGGAUAUAUCUUAAGGAGCAGUCUAUUCAUGUGAAAAGGGACGUUUACCAGAACGUUAAAUUCUGUUCCGCUCACUACUGCUAUUAUUACUUCUUUAAAAAUGCCCCUGUGAAGUGCAUUUUUGAGGAAGGAAAAAGCAGAAAAAAAAUCUUCACAUUUAGUCUCUGCGUAAAGUACGUAAAGAAUCAUCUCUUCGUCAUGAUGCUAUUCAAUUAUAGCCCCCCCCGGGAAGGUGACAAACAUUGUGUCAACGCGGAAGCAGCCGUCCCUGACUUGGAUGAAAUCGACACACACAACAAACAGUUUAACCUCAACGAGACAGACAAAAAUGUAUUCAAAAGGAACACCUUUUUUGUACAUCAUCUGUAUGACGAGUUAAAGUGCAAAUUGUUGAGUCUUAUCAGUUUUGUCAGCUUCCCCCCAAAUGAUUACAUUGCAGAUAUUCAUUUGACCAAACUGAACAAGUGUAAUGAUUCUUCCCCAGGAGGCUACUCCUUCAGUGUGUACUGCUUAUCCAAUGGAGGGGUCGUCUAUAUUUUUAUUUUCACCAUGAUGAUAGAUAACCUUUGUAAGGAUUCCUUCCAAUUGCACGUCAACAAGUAUUACCAUUUUGAGCUAAGGAGAAAGGACACUUACCAAAGCGUCAAAGUUGUCAAGUGCAGCUCAGGGUUCCUCGGCGCUCUCUGUGGGGGGGGACCCCAAAGGCGAACGAAGAGGAAGGUCAACCGAAAGAGGACCAACUCACCAGGGGAGCAAUCCCCGCCGAACAACAAAUGGGAAAUACCCCAUACGUUAGAGGAAGAAACCAUUGCACCGCUCCAAAGUGACAACCUUUGUGAAGCGCGAGGGAAUAUAAUUUGCUCUCGUACCAGCUGGGGUGGAAACAAACCUACCCAUGCAAGCACCCAAAUGGAAAAGUACAAAUACCUCUUCUUGAUAAUAACGAGCAAGUGCGACUUCUUUAUUGUCACCUUCAGGAGGAAGAAAAAAGGAGGGGACAUUGAAUUGGUAAAUUAUUCCUGCACGAAUAGCACCAACCGGAACGAGAUCAUCCGGGGGGUGUUGGUCAAUAAGCACCAUUUUGGCAAAGCCGAUGAGGGGGAGAAGGGAUCAAAAGGGAAAACUGCAAUGGGGCAAACCACCCGACCUAUGCAUCACCAGCAUCGUAUAAAACAGCCAAAUGGGAGCUUCUCAAUAUUCGAGCUGCUAUGCUACUUCCAAGAUGGGGGGGUAAAGAAAUACAACUUUGUCUGCACCGCGAAGGAACAACACCUGGAGUUCUUUCUCACCAAAAAUGAAAUGCCCAGAGGUGAACUGCUCUGCAAGAAGCAAUUCUUCAUUCCGAUCCUCUUCCCAUUUAAUGAAGAAGUGCUCAAAAAGGGAAGAAAACAAAACGACAACAGUGUAACGUUGUAUAACACACAAGCUAGCUAUUUUAAAAGCAUCUUUUUUAUUUACUUCCAGGAGAAGCAAUAUGAGAAUGUUAGCCUCUGCGUAAAUGACCAGUGCCUAGUUAUCACGUAUGUAAAAUCCGUCUGUGAUUUGCUGCGGCAGAUACGUGCAGUGAUGGGGCGGGCCAGGAGCUCCCAGGGGGAAUUGCACAGCGGGGCUGACCUAAGCUUCCACGACCAAGUAGAUAUCCUUGAAACGGGAAGAAAGAGCAACCCCCAAAGAAGCGACGCGCACCUCCCACCAGACGAACGAACCAACUUCCUAGCAGGGGAAACUCUGAACGGAAAUUUAUUCACACACAGGGAACAUAAGACGCACUUCUGGGAGUACAAAUACAUCCUAUUCGGCUUCUACGACUUAUUUUUAAUAAACCAAAAUAAUAGCACCGGUAAUGAUGGUGGUGGUAAUGUUAUCGGCGGUAAUGUUAGCGGGGGUAAUGUUAGCGGUUGUGACGUCAGCGGCGGCAACGCUAGCAACAAGGCUAACCCCGGGGUGAGCGAAAAGGAGAAAAGGAGACACCCCAGGGACGCAAUCAGCGAAGUGAACGCAUACGAUGCACACAGCCACUUUAAUUUCCUCAAUAUAGUAAAGGACUAUCUAUCUUAUGACGCCCUUGUCGGGGGUGUCUCCAACGCCCCAUCCGGGGAAAACAGAAGGAAGAUUAAAAUGAAUUUUUAUCACUUCCUCCAAACGUUAAGUCAUUUUCAAGAAAACUACGUCAGUGAGGGGAACUCCUUUUUUCACCUAAUAUUUAACGAACUCUUCCAGAAGAAUGUCUACCCUGCUGGUGCCAAUCGCACGAAAGCAGUGGGGAGGGAGACCCUGUCGGUUCAGCUGCAUCCCCUGCUAGACAUAAGGACUCACUUCUGUGUUCUGUUUUCCUUCUUCAUUCACAUGUACAAUUUUUGCCUGAAGCAAAACGGCAUCAGUAGCGACUCCUUCAGCUCCCACAUCACCUAUUUUCUCAUUAGCAAGAAGACGCGCAGGAAUAGGAAGCGCUUCCGGUACGUUUACGAGCCGGAGUCGCGCCAAGGGGGCGACAAAACUGUCGAUUAUGAUGAUGAUGCGAAUGGAAAAGCGGAUGGUAAUGCGGAUGAUAGGGUGGGCCAGAACGAACACCUCCAGAUGAGCCCUCCGACGACCCCCGAGGCAACCCCCCAGGCGAACCUACUCGCCAUGCGCAAGUGCCUGUACUACAUAAGCAAGGCAAAAAAAUAUUUGCAUUCCAUAUUUAGAGGGGGGGCGGGGGGUGAAGACCCAGGGCGGGGGGUUGCCCUUCCCCACGUCUACACAAAUCUGUAUCUCUGCCAGGUCGUCUACAUCAUGCUUAACACGUUGCGAAUCAAUAACACAAACGUCUUUGUGAAUGUAAAUUACGAUUUGAGGAAAAAUAAUAUGGACUACUUCUACCUCCUCAUACUGCUGAAUGUUUAUUGCCUCCAUAGCAUCUUAAUAUCGCAUGGUGCGGCUCAGAACCCCCUCAGUGGAGGAGACGGAGAAGAAGAUCUGCACCAAUUCUUCUAUCAUAUUUUCCAGAGGGAAGCCAUCCCCAGUGGAGGCAAAACAGACAGUACCCGAAUGGAAGGCGUCGAAAUAGACCAAGACACGUUUGAAAGGCAUCAAGUGCUGAUUCACGACUUUAUUAGAAGGCUAACGAGUCGCUUAAGGGAUGACCACUAUGUGAUUGAGCGAACUUAUUUUAAAAUCAACUGCGUCCUUUGUGGAAAAGUAUCUCUUUCAAAUUUGUAUAAUCAUUAUUAUAUCUGCGAACAGAAGCACAUUUUUAACAAGUGCAUGCUUACUCUGUGUUGCAUAGGUAAGAGUAGCUUGGUUAUCCCCAAUGUUUACCUUUCGCGUGAUUUAAGUAAGUCAGUUUUUGAAGAACCCAUCGAUACGUUACAGUUCAAUCUGCGAGUGAAAUUGGACUGUCCCUAUUUCUGCUCCUUCUGCCAUCUGUUUGUGACGACCCAGAAUAGGUUCUUCUCGAAGCACUUCCUUUUUAAGCAGUGUCCCUUUUGUAAUCACCAUUUGGUCGCCGUGUGA